AGAGCCUCCUAACUUGUUCAACCAAAAACCAUUUCCCUUAGGCCAUAUGCCCAGCAUGAUCACUUCCAUUUUCACUCAUUUUCUUCUUCUAUUUCUCGUUCACUUAUUUUCUAAUGAAUUUAUAUUCCUCCAAGCAAGUGGAUUUGGUUCCUAUUCAACCAACUUCACAACUUGUUGGGAGAUAGAGAGAAAUGCACUUCUCAAGUUCAAAGAAGGUCUCAAAGAUCCUUCAGGCCGGCUUUCUUCUUGGGUUGGCAAUUAUUGUUGUACAUGGUCAGGUGUUGGCUGCAACAGGCAAACGGGACAUGUCACGAAGCUUGACCUCAGGAUGCCCCCCAUCAGUUCUAAUUUUAAUCAUCCAACAACUUUUGAUUUUGCAUCCUUACAAGUUGGAUCCUUGGACUCUCUUCAUUGGAAUUUCUCAGCUUAAACUCCAUGACAUCCCUACCUCUCUUCCAGUUGUGAACUUCAGUUCUAUUCUGGUCAUUGAUCUUUCAUCAAAUGAUUUCAAUUCACCAUUACCCAGCUGGUUGUUCAAUAUAAGUUCUCUUGUUGAGCUUGAGUUGUCUUCUAAUGGCUUUAGUGGAAAAUUGCCUUCAUAUUUAGAAAAUCUUAAUAACAUGAGGGAUCUUAAUCUUGAUUACAAUGAUCUUUUAGGUCUACUUCCAAUUUCUAUUGGAAACUUAUCAUCCUUGGAGAUUUUAUGUCUUUCUUUGAACCAAUUGAAUGGAACAAUUCCUGAAACCAUCGGACAAUUGAAAAAGUUGAUUAGUUUAGAUCUUAGUUCUAAUAACUGGGGAGGUGUUGUGUCUAGAAUUCAUUUUCUCCACCUAAACAAUAUGAAGGAAUUUUUUUUAUCCUCCGUCAAAGAAAAGUCACUUGUAUUUGAUGUGGGAUAUGAUUGGAUUCCUCCUUUCAGUCUAAAGAUAAUCUCCAUUAGAAAUUGUCAGAUGAAUCCCAAGUUUCCUAUAUGGCUCCAAACUCAGAAGGAACUACAGAUUGUUGAGCUUACAGAAGUUGGAAUUUUAGGUUAUGUACCUGAUUGGUUUUGGAAACUAAGUCCACAAAUUGUCGUUUUAUCUCUUCGUGGUAACAAAUUGCGUGGAGAGCUUCCAAGAUCAUUAAAAUUUCAAUCAAAUUCUUCUGUAGACCUCAGUUUCAAUUUAUUUGAGGGAUUGGUUCCACUAUUUUCUGGCGUCUGCAUGCUCAAUUUGAAAAAUAACUCACUCUUAGGACCAAUUCCAACAAAUUUUGGUGAUGCCAUGCUAGAUUUAAUGCUUAUGGAUCUUUCUGAGAACUACUUCAAUGGCAGCAUUCCUUCUUCAAUAAAUAAGUUGGAGAACUUGAGACUUCUAUUCCUAGCAAAUAAUGAGCUUUCUGGAAAGAUUCCUUCAAUGAAUAGAUUGAACAAUUUGAGAAUAUUAGACCUUUCAAAUAACAAUUUGCUUGGUAACAUUCCAAGCUCCUUAUGCUCACAGUCUCCUCUUGUUUAUUUGAAAUUGAAUGGCAACAAUCUUUAUGGAAAGCUUUCAUCCUUGCGAAACUGCACAAACUUGAGGGCACUUGGUCUUGCAAAUAAUCAAUUCCAUGGAGGCAUUCCAAGAUGGACUGGAGAAACUCUAUCUCAUCUAUCAAUACUACAGUUACAAGGAAACAUGUUUAGGGGAAAGAUACCAAAAAGUCUGUGCAGUCUUCCUUUUCUCCAUGUUAUGGAUUUAGGGCGGAAUAAUUUUGCGGGAUCAAUUCCACCAUGUCUAGGCAAUUUAAGUAACCUGUAUCACUCAAAAAAUGAUACUCAUGUAUCUCCUACCGCUGUUGCUUUUGCUGCUGCUGCUAUUUCUACUACUGUUGCUACUUCUAUUGGUGGUGAUAAUGAUGCUACUAUUGUUGGUGUUCUUAUUGCUGAGCUUAUGCCUUUCCCUUUUGGAACCCAUAUGGAAUUUAGUGUUAAAGGACAAACACUUGAAUUUUUAAACACAAUUGAUUUCUUGAAUUUGAUAGAUUUAUCAAGUAAUAAUCUUGAAGGAGAAAUUCCGAAGGAGAUAAUGAAGCUUUCUGCCUUGGGUACAUUGAACUUAUCUCGGAACCAGUUAACAAGAAACAUCCCAGAGAAGAUUGGAGACUUGCGGCUGUUAGAAACUCUUGACCUCUCAGUCAACCAUCUUUCAGGCCCUAUUCCAGCAAGCAUGUCGUCUAUGACUUUUUUGAGCCAUCUGAAUUUGUCUUAUAAUGAUCUAUCUGGACCAAUCCCAUCAGCAAACCAAUUCCAAACCUUCAAUGAUCCAACCAUUUAUGAAGGAAACCCAAAACUUUGUGGAGCUCCAUUGCCCACCAACUGUUCAACACACAAAAAUGAUACUCCAGAAGGAUAUAUUGGCAAGGAUAGAGAUGAAAGUUGGUCAGAGAGGUUGUGGUUCUACAUUGGAACAGCAUCUGGAUUUGUGGUGGGAUUCUGGGCUGUUUGUGGAACUUUGGUGAUCAAGAAGUCUUGGAGACAUGCCUACUUUCGCUUUGUGGAAGAAAUGAAGGAUAGGAUCUACGUCUUCAUUGCAGUGAAGACAGCUCGUUUACAAAAGAAGCUAAAGGGUGAAAGAAGCUGAGACCAUUGGUAAAGGUAAUAAGUUUAUGUCUUGAUGGCUUAUUAGUUCUACACCAAAAAUGCUGUCUGUUUCUGCAAUAUGGUUCUACUUUAGGGGGUUUGACUUGUGAAGACAAAUCAUCAAUUUGGAGGAAGUUUACUUUGUGUUGCCAAUGAUAAUAGCUUAAUAUCAAUUUAUUACUUUUGUUGUCAAGGAAUGUCAGUGUUUGCAAUCUGGUGUUAUGUGCAUUGGCAAAGUAAUGGUGACUCUUGUUUGUUUAUGUUACUUUGAACUAUUGAAAUUGAUGUUCU